AUGCUAGCCUCUCUGACUGUGAGUCCCAACAGCUCUCAGAUGUUUAAACGACAGUCCGUCUCUCUGAGCUGUGAGGAGGACGACAGCUCUGCUGGAUGGAAGCUGAGGAGGAACACAACCACAGGAACCAGGAAGGAGUGUGGAGACGGAUGGGGAAGAUCAGCUGGUUCCUCCUGUAAAAUCAGUGUAGCAGCCCCCUCAGACAGUGGAGUUUACUGGUGUGAGUCCAGAGACGGAGCAACCAGUAACAGCAUCAACAUCACUGUCACUGGUGGACCAGUGAUCCUGCAGAGUCCUGUCCUCCCUGUGAUGGAGGGAGAUGAUGUCACUCUGCACUGUAAAACAAAGACCUCCAACCUCCCAGCUGGUUUCUAUAAAGAUGGCUCCCUCAUCAGGACUGAGCCUGCAGGUCACAUGACCAUCCACCAUGUUUCCAAGUCUGAUGAAGGCCUCUACAAGUGUCACAUCAGCAGUUAUGGAGUGUCUCCAUCCAGCUGGAUCUCUGUCACAGCUUCAUCAUCCAUCUCUCCUCCUUCAUCAUCUACCUCUCCUCCUUCAUCAUCCACCUCUCCUCAUGUCUCUGUGCUGUGGUUGGUUCCACCUGUCUGUGGUCUGGUUCUAGUGGUUCUACUGGUGAGACGAUGUGCUCAGAGGAAACCUGAAGGUGGGACGAAGGAUCUGCAGCUGCGCCCAGGCAGUGACAAACCCCCAGGAACCUACUUUGUCAAUUUUGCCCAAAACUAUGGUUUCAGUCACAUGACCAGCAGCUCUCGCUACCCCCAGAGCAACGGGGAAGCAGAGAGAGCUGUCCGCACAGUUAAACAGCUGCUCAGCAAAAGCCCAGACCCUCAGAGUAAGCUCAGUAAGCUCUCUUAG